UCACCCAAUACUGUAAUACAUAUGAUGUAGACACAAAUUCAAUAUGAAACUGGAAACUUACAAAACAUGGUAGCAGAAAACUACCCAUAAAGGAGACCUUAUUUGCACCAGUACCUUUUGAUGGCAACAUGUAUAUAUUGCCAUACAAAAAGCAAAUCCAACAAAGUUCCAUUUCUUAACAUAAAGAGCCCAAUCUUCCCAUAUUAUAUAUCAUCAGCUCAACAAGUACCUUAGCAACCUCCAUUCUUGUCCAUCAAUUUUUCCACAAAAAAAAAAAUGAGGAAUUCAGUCUCUCCAACCUCUAUCUUUCUUAUGCUUCUUCUUCUUCUUCUUCAUGUACCAUUCAUUCAAUGCUCCAUCUUUCCAUUGGAUGAUGAAAGUGGCAAUUUGAUAGAACACACAUGCAAGAAAACAUCCCAUUAUGACCUUUGCCUCUCAUCUUUGCAAUCAAACCCUCAAAGCGCCACUGCAGAUGUCAAAGGCCUAGCCCAGAUAAUGGCUGAUAUUCUAUUGGCAAAUGUAACUGAUACACUGAAUUACAUAGAGGGCCUGAUUAAGCAAUCCCCUGAACCAGAGCUAGAGAGAUCUUUGACUUAUUGUGCAGAAUUAUACAUCCCUGUAGUGAAGUACACUCUCCCACAGGCUAUAGAUGCUUUGAGUAAAGGUCAUUACAGGUUUGCCAACUAUGGUAUAUCAGAUGUUGCAAAGGAAGCAGAUACAUGUGAAAAGAAAUUCUCAGGCUCAAUCCAGUCACCACUGACUGAUUGGAACAAUCUUGUGGAUGGCCUCUCUGAUGUGGCUGUAGACAUUGUCAAUAUAUUGCUGAAGGGUUAGUGACCUGGUUCAUCCUCUUUCUUCGUUUUGAGGGCUUGAAUGUCAUGUACUAAUUUGUUUAAAACCUCAUAUUCUACAAUUAUUGUAUUGUUCUGAACCUUUAAGAUUUGUGUAGAUAGUUUUAUACUUUGCAGUCUGAACCAUAAAUUUAGUCCUGUCGUUAUUGGAUUUAA